AUGGCUGAUAUAGACUAUUCCAAGUGGGACAAGAUAAAUUACGAAGAAGGUGAAGAACAAAAAGUCGAGCUUGACUAUGAAAUCGACUCGGACGGAGAACCUCCUGAAGACCAGGUUGGCGAUCAACGCAAUAUCAAGAGAGAAAAAUAAUGAUAAAAUAGUCGUCAAGGAGAUCAUGAAGGUCGGAUCUGGUCUCAGCAAACCUGGGAAGCCUUAUAUUGUCCUAGUACAUGCCCUUGGGUACACUAAGAGCAAGUUCUGCUUCCUUCCACUGAAGAAGAACGUGAAAAUGACUCUUGGAGAUGCCAGACUUCCCUCUGGUCUUUGGAAAUCCAUUGAGCACAUGAAGAAAGGCGAAUGUGCCAAAAUUUGGAUCAAGCCUGGAGAAUUUGGCUUCGGCAGGGAACGCAACCCAGAAGCCCUCCAGUGGCCAGAUUUGGUCAAAGAUGACGAAGAACUCAAGCAAAAGCUUCGAGAUGAAGAGAUUUACUACGAAAUUGAGCUACUUGACUGGAUCGUCAGAUCAGAUAUACUAGGUGAUGGCCAACUCAUGAAAACUUAUGAGACCAAAGGAAAAGGUCUUGAAAGAUGUGGAGACGAUGAUGAAGUCGUUAUUGAUUACAAGAUCUCCAAACUUGAUGAAAACACAAACGAGACUGAAAUCGAAUCCGGAGAAAAUGAAGUUCUAAACAUGAUCAAUUACCAAUCAGAGCUCGCUCAGAGUAAAUCCGCUUAUUCUGAAAAGCUGGAUGCUAAGCUUGGUAUUGACACGAAGCCUCCAGAAACUACUUGUCCCUCUCUUGAGCUUCAGACUAAUGAGAAGUUUACUUUCAUCAUUAAAAGGAUUCUGAAAACAAUGAAAUUAGGGGAGAAAAGUUUCACCGUAGUUCAACACGGUUGGAUGCAAAAGAAUGACCCAAAAGGAGCAGCCAGAUACGACCUAAAAGAGACCGAAAGACUCAAAGUAGACAUUGAGUUCAAGCAAAUGAUCCACAUAGAAGAUUUUUACAAAGACUCCACUACCUAUAUCAGAACAAUUGACAAAGGAACAGGCACUGGAUCUCCUCUAUCAGAUAGCAUUAUCGCUCUUAACAUCAAAAUAGCAUACAGCAGGGUUAGCGAGGAGGAUAAGGAAGAGGUCCUAUGUGAAAAUGAAAAGCCUGUUGAGUAUGCUCUCGAUGAAUACACUGUCCCUCCACUUAUCAGAAACAUCAUGAAGACCUUUAAGCAUCAGCAAAAAGCUGAGAUCCAUACAAUUCUUAAGGAAGAGUGCACUCCUGAGUUUGAUGAUGAGGAAAACGGCAUGUUUAAAAAGGAAUUUUUCGAUAAAGUUGGUCAAACAGAUGAAGCUACUGGAAACCAAAGAUGGAUUGUCUUCAAGAUUGAGCUGGUCGCCUUCGAGACCCCAGAAGCAAUGCAUGGACUUUACCUUGAAGAUAAGAUCCCUAGGCUUCUGAAGAUGAAAGAUAUUGCAGGCAAGUUCUUUAAAGCGAAGGAUUGGCCCAAAGCUUGUAAACAGUAUCAAAGAAUGUACAGUCACUUCAAUCUUAAGGAUAUCUACAAUAACUUGCAGAACGAAGACAUAGAGUCAGAGGAGUACAAGAAUAAAAUCGCUGAAUGCAAGAAAAUCGAGCUACAAUCCCUGACCAAUAUCUGUGUGGUAAAAUCCAAGAUGGGUGACUGGCAAGACAUUGUAGACAUCAGCCCAAAGGCAUUAGAAAUCGACCCUGAUAACAUAAAGGCUCUGUUCUUCAGAGGGAAGGCCUUACUGAACCUCCUGGAAUACGAUAAUGCCUCUGAAUGCUUCACUAAAAUCCUAUCUCUAGAUCCAAAGAAUGGAGUCACGCUGAAGGAAGUACAGAAUUUGAAGCAAGAGAAGAAGAAGUACUUUGAAAAGCAGAAGAAAAUGUAUAAAUUCAUUUAAUCUUCAACUUCUGA